CGCGAGCGGCUGUCAAACGCGCGGACGGAGGCCGAGAGGGGAAAAAGGCGGGAGCCGCCAAUCCCGGGUGGGGCAAAAUGGCGCGGGAGAAGGAGAUGCAGGAGUUCACCCGCAGCUUCUUCCGAAGCCGCCCGGACCUGAGCACGCUCACGCACUCCAUCGUGCGGCGGAGGUUCUUGGCUUACGCGGGUCGGGACCACCUGGAACCCGAGGAGAAGCAGGCGCUGAAGCGGUUGGUGGAGGAGGAGCUUGUGAAGAUGCAGGUGGACGAAGGCGGUACCAGGGAAGACAAGCUCGACCUUACCGGGAAGGCGAAGAGGUCUCCCACCCCCUGCAGCGACUCAGAGAGAAAACGGCCCCGCUUCAACUCAGGGUCAGAGCCCAGUUCUGCAGCCUCCAGCCCAGACUGCUUUGGCCGGCCAGCAGAGAACGGCAUGUCGGGAGCGGAAGGUGGCCCAGGCAAGGAGGAGGCGGAGAGCCCAGGGCCGACCUCCAAAGCAGCAGAGAGCAGUGAUGACCAAGAGCAGCAGGAAGACCCGGGCGCAGAGGCCGUCGUGGAGGCCAGCAGUGAGGAGGAGGAGGAGGAGGGCCGCGUCGGGACCCGCGAGGCCUGUGAGGAGGAGGAAGAGGAGGAACCCAAAGGCAGGACUAGGAAGAAAGCUGUGGCCAAAAGCAAGCAGGCAGCGGGCAAGGCCUCAGCGAGGAGGAAGCAGGCCAGGGAAGAAAGUGAGGACGAACUUGCUCCCCGGGCGGCGAAGAAGGGAGCACAGAGCCCCCAGGACAGUGGCAGGGAGAGCGGGGAGGGGGAGGGGGAGGAUUGGAAGCAGCACUCCAGGAGCAGCAGAGGGAAAAGGCCAGCCCCGGAGGAGAGGAGGCUAACGGGGGACUCGGGGGACAGCGGGGAAGGGCAGAUCCACGGGUCAGCCGGCCGCGGGGGCGGCAGUGGCAGUGAUGGGAGUGACGAUGAGCCGCUGGCGCGCAGAAGCAAGGCCGGGGCUCAGGGCCAGGAUGGGGACGAGGCCCGCACGGCGGAGUCCCCGGCUGCAGGCGCCGCCGGCGGGGAGGACAGCGACCUGGAGAGGGAGGGGAGCGACAGCGAGGCAGGGGGCAGCCUCAAGGAGAGGAAGAACCGCUCUUCCAAGAAGAGCUCCAAGAGAGGCAGGCCACGGAGCUCGUCUUCCUCCUCGGACGGAAGUCCGGAGCCCAAAGGCGGGAAGGCCGGCGCGGCCCGUCGUGGUGAGGACCACCCGGCCGUGACGAGGCUGAAGCGCUACAUCCGGGCCUGCGGUGCCCAUCGCAACUACAAGAAGCUGCUGGGCUCCUGUCGCUCCCACAAGGAGCGCCUGAGCGUCCUCCGGGCGGAGCUGGAAGCCCUGGGCAUGAAGGGUAACCCUUCCCUAGAGAAGUGCCGGGCCCUGAAGGAGCAGCGGGAGGCGGCGGCCGAGGUGGCCUCCCUGGACGUUGCCAACAUCAUCAGUGGUUCAGGCCGGCCACGCAGACGCACAGCUUGGAACCCCACAGCAGCUGCCCCCGGGGAGCUGUACCGCCGGACCCUGGACUCGGAGGAGGAAGGGCCCCGCCUGGCACCCACAGACUGGUCCCACAUGCGCGGCAUCAUCAGCAGUGACGGCGACAGUACCUGAGCGCCUCACCCCCCGAGGCCCCUUCCCACCUGUCUGUAUAGAAGUCCUCACAGCCCGGCGAGCUCUGUGCCCGCACGAGCCGAGGCAGCUUUCUCUGGACAGUGCUGCAGCCCCAGGGACACGGCUGUCAGGACAAAACUUCCUGGCUUCACAUCCUCUCUCAAGUGUUCAAAGGGUUUAUUUUUUAGGUCUUAAUAAAGGAAUGUUUGUAAUGACCUCAUCAAAACUGGUUCCCCACUCUUGGCUCUGAACUUCAGGCACCACCUGCCCUGCCCCCGCCCUCGGAAGUUACCACCAGGCUGCUUCCUCGAGCCUGGCCAGGGGGCCUGACUGGUCACCCUGCUUUUAGUGGGCUCCGCUAACCCAACGCUCGGUUGGCAGGAGGCUCCAAGUCACUGGCAUGAAGAAUGGUGCACAAGGGGCCGAUGUUGCGCUAGAAUCGGUUAAACCUCCAACUGCAAUGAUAGCAUCCCAUACAGUAACAGGUUUGAGUCCCGGCUGCUCCACUUCUGAUCCAGCUUCCUGCUUAUGUGUCUGAGAAAGCAGCGGAUGGCCCAAGUGCUUGGGCCCCUGCACCCACGUGGGAGACCUGGAUCAAGCUCCUGGCUUUAGCUUGGCCCAGCCCUGGACAUUGUGGCCAUUUGGGGAAUGAACUAGCAAGUGGAAGAUCUCUGUGUUAACUCUGCCUUUAAAAAAAAAAAAGUGAAACAUACAAUGAUCUGGGAAUAGCUGAUGUUUAUGGCUCACACCCCUUCCUGUUCAAACAGCCCCCUGGUGCCUGACUGACCAAUCAGAGUGCUCUGGACCUCUGGCUACAGAUGCAGCACUCCGCUGCCUUGCUUCUGCGGGUGCUCUGAGACCUAAGCUGGGAGCCGCCAGGGUCUGUAGAGGAAGUGACCCUCUGGAGAAUCUGAAGUGAAAGCAGAGGUUGAUGAGCUCCCUCGAGGCCCUGUACCCGUGAAGUCAUUAAAUCACUCAAAGGGGGCCGGCGCUUGGGCCCCUGCACCGAAGUGGGAGACCCGGAAGAAGUUCCUGGCUCUGGAUUGGCACAGCUCCAGCCGUCGUGGCCAACUGGGGAACGAACCAGCAGAUGGAAUACUCUCUGUAACUCUUAAAAUCAAUCAAAGUCCUAGCUACUCCGCCAAAUAAAUUCUCUUUUUAAAUGCAAACAGUAGCUAUCACUCGUUCCCACACGCUCCUUAGACAGAAAGGGUGAGGCUUGGGACCUGUUAGAAUAACCAACAGUUUAUUAAAAGCUUGCCUGGGGCUCUGUGCCUGCCCCAGCUGACAGGGGCUCCCCCGAUGGCCCUUUCCAAGGUCCUUCCCUUGUUCCCCCGCCCCAGCCCGAACCGCAUUAAAAAAAAAAAGGUAAAGGACAAGACAGCACAGGACGUCA